ACUGCGUUUAAUCCUCCCGGUGGAGUGAGUCAGUUUGGAGAGAGGAGAGGCUGUAUAGCAAGUAACUUUACAUCGUCGGCCCGCUUCUUGCGCAGCGGAUGUCACUUGAUAAUUAUAUGGUUUCCAGAGGGAUUUUCGCCCCGGUCGUCAUGGUGUACCGCUUUUAAAUCUACGGUCGAUGACACCUGCGUUUUUUUUUCUUGAAGUUUCGCCGAACGCGAAUAGUUGGGUCUGCAUUCCCUUUUCUCCAGAGUCCAGACCCGCACCGUUUUUCAGAGAGGGAGAGACGGUCCCCGUUUGUCCUACCCGCUGUCUUUACGCGUAGCUCAACAUGCGAACUAUUCUCUAGCCAGGUCAAACAUACACUGCCUACUUUUCCCGGUGUUGUUGUUUAUCUGGAACUUCGGGGAACCAAUAAUUAUAUUUGAGAAUCGGUGUGAUUUGAACUAGAAAGAUACUGCAUUCAGCACCGUUGGAUUUAAUGUCUUGUAUGCUUGCGGUGAACAUGGGUUUAGGAUGGAUCUUCGUAGCCGCUUUGGCUGGAAUUCUCACCGCAACUCCAGGAAUACAAGGAGCAUGUGUCUAUCAGGGAUCUCUGUUUGCGAACAACACCUUGUGGAGACCAGACUCCUGUCAGGAGUGUCAAUGCUUCAGUGGCAUCACCGUCUGUCAACUUGCUACCUGCCUCAACCCACACUGUGACUACCAGAGGGGAGAGCGGUUGAGUCCUCCCAACCAGUGUUGUCCAGAGUGCCUGCCCUCCUCCCAGGGCUCAUGUCAGCAUGAUGAAGCUGUUUAUGGGCAUGACAGUCAGUGGAGUGCCUCCCAGUGCCAGCUGUGUGUGUGUUCUGGGGGUAGUGUAUCCUGUAGACAGAGACCCUGUCCUCCUCUCAGCUGCCCCCCAGACCAGACCGCCUUCACCCCCGCCGGAGACUGCUGUCCCAAGUGUGUCCGCAGUGGAGCAUCCUGUUCCUGGGAGGACCAUGAGUACAGGGAUGGGGUGGAGUGGAGGCCCAGCCCGUGCUCUAAGUGUGUGUGUAGGAACGGACGACCUCAGUGCUUCACCGCAGAGUGUCAGCCUGUUGCCUGCAAACAGCAUGAGAGUCUGGUGAUCCAACCUGGACAGUGCUGUCCACAGUGUCUCCCCACCUCCUGCCUGUCUGCUGGGAGGGAGCACAAGCAUGGUGAGCAGUGGCAGAAGAGCGGCUGCACCAGAUGUGUGUGUGAUCGUGGCCAGUCUCGCUGUCACACACUCACCUGUCCACCCAGGACCUGUGAGGAGGGCCAGACCAAAGUGAAGAGGGCGGGGCAGUGUUGUGACGACUGUGUUGCCGCCAAGGGCAGCUGCCUGUACGAGCUCACCGUCCGUUACCACGGUGACAUGUGGAACGGCACCGACUGCGAGUUCUGCACCUGCGAGAGAGGACAGGUCCUCUGCCAGAGAGCCCAGUGUGCCCGAGUCCAAUGCCCGACGGGUUCAGAGCUGGUCCACCUACCAGGGAAGUGUUGUCCUGAGUGUCAGUCCAUGAAGACCUCCUGUGUCUUCCCAGACCCUGAUCUGUCCUCAGGGAAAUCUCAGAGACCACUAGCGAACCAGGAGAGAUGGAAUGAGGGCCCCUGUAGGGAAUGUGAGUGUCGUGAAGGCAGGGUGACCUGCUACCUGAUGUCCUGUCCCACCUGCCCCCUGGGGACCCUGGCUGUACCCCACCAGGGAACCUGCUGCCCUGAGUGUAAACAGGUGCAGUGCCAGAGUGACUGCCUGUCUUGCUCGGGGACCCCUGACCACUGUGAGAGGUGUAAGGACGCUACCGCUCUGCUUCUGGAUGGACGCUGUGUGUCCACUUGUCCUCGCGGUUACUACGCCGAUGGAAAAGUGUGUGCAGCCUGCCAGUCGUCCUGUGCCACCUGUGAGAAUGACUUUGAGUGCUCGUCCUGUGGGGGGUCCUUGCUAUUAAACAACAGGCACUGCGUGGCCACCUGUGACCCGGGGUCCUACCAGGACCCGACUCAGUGCCUGCGUUGCCAUGCAUCCUGUUCAGUGUGUGUGGGGCCGAGCCAGCAGGAGUGUGUGUUGUGUUCUGACCCGUCCCACCUGCUCAGAGAUGGACUCUGUGUCCCAGACUGUGGAUCAGGCUUCUACAUCCAACAAGGCACCUGUUAUGCGUGCGACUCAUCCUGCAUCACCUGUUACCCCGACAACCCCAAAUGCAUGAGCUGCCCCCCGGGCUCUGCUAUGCAUCAUGGGAAAUGUAUUUCCCACUGUCCGGAUCAACAUUACCUUGACAGUCAUGGCCACUGCAGAGCCUGUCACAGCUCUUGCUGGUCCUGCUCCGGCUCCGCUGUGUCCCAGUGUUCCCUCUGUACACAGGGACUGUCCUUCCACCAGGGCCAGUGUCUGGAGGCCUGCGGACAGGGGCUGUACCAUCAGGACGGGACCUGCCUCAACUGCCACCCAUCCUGUAGGACAUGUGUGGGUCCCCUGUCCUCUGACUGUCUGAGGUGUCUGAAACCAGAGGAGGCCCUGCAGCUACUGACCAGUCCAUCUCACACAACACUACCUCACGGAGUGUGUGUGGCCCAAUGCCCCGCCCCAUUCUACCUGGACACACAACACACAUGCAGAGAAUGCCACACUUCCUGUUUACAGUGCACAGGAGGAAGUAGUCAGAACUGUACUUCCUGUUCCCCGCCCUACGUCCUCCAGGAAGGCCAGUGCGUCUCCAGAUGUCCCCCAGGACACACCGUCCAGGACAACACCUGCCAAGGGUGCCACCCGGCCUGCCAGGAGUGUUCAGGUACAUCCCAGGCUGACUGUGUGUCCUGCUCCCCCCUGGCCAACUUCAACAACGGCUACUGCAGGACUAGCUGUCCAGAUGGACUGUUCUUACAUCCCCGAGGAUUCUGCCAGGAAUGCAGCAGUAAUUGCCAGCGCUGUGUGGCAGACCUCCACGGCGUGGGCAGUGUGUGUCUGUGGUGUAAGAUUGCUAGGACCCUGUUGCUGGGAGACCACUGUGUCUCCCACUGUCCUCAAGGUCACUACCCCUGGCAUGGAGCCUGUAAGAGAUGCCAUGUUUCCUGUGAGGGUUGCAGUGGGGAGUGGCCUCUGUCUUGUACUUCCUGUCCCACCCCGAGCGUUCUACUGACCUCAGGUCUCUGUGGCCCCGCCUGCCCCUUGGGUUACUAUGCCGACAGAGACAGACGCUGCAGAACCUGUGACGGCCAGUGUCUGUCCUGUGAGCUGAGCGGCGUGUGUACGGCGUGCCGUGACCCGGGAAAGGUUCUGCUGUUUGGAGAGUGCCGGUAUGACAGCUGUGCCUACCAGUACUACCUCAACACCACCACGCGCACCUGCAGAGAGUGUGACUGGAGCUGUAAUGAGUGUAAGGGUCCUCUGCGUACUGACUGCCUGCAGUGUAUGGAGGGACAUGUUCUGCAGGACGGACUCUGUGUCCAGGGCUGCUCUUCGGGGUCCUACCAGGAUGGAGAGAGAUGCCUCAGUUGUGAUGAGCAGUGUGAGGGAUGCCAUGGCCCAGGUCAGUGUGGGCGGUGCCAGCCUCCCUAUGCCACCCUGCGGGGUCGCUGUGUGUUGGAGUGUGGAAGGACCUACUUUCUGGACUCCUCUCUACAGCUGUGUGCAUCAUGCUCUGCUGACUGUGUGGAGUGUGAGGGGAUGGGUCAUUGCACCAUUUGUAGACAGAACACCUACCUGAGAGACGGAUACUGCACUCCGGACUGUGGACACAGUUUCUAUGCUGAUAAGAAGACCUGGACAUGCCAUGCUAACAGCCAGGCCCCAACCCUGCGUAUCAGUGGAUCUCUGUUGGUGCCCAUUGGGGGAACCAAACCCCUGGUCACCACCCUAAUUUCUGCCCAGGACCAAGACAGCCCUCCAGAGAGCCUGGUGUUCCAGCUGCUGCAGCCCCCCACGACAGGCUGUGUGGUUGUCCUGGAGGAGGGCAGGGAGACAGAGUUGGCCCGGGACGACACUUUCUCCUGGGCUCAGCUAGAGAGUGGACAGGUCCGCUUCACACAUGACAAGGACAAGGCCAGGAGUGGACAGUUCUCCGUGCGUGUGACUGACCCUCAGCUCUUCUCCCGACCAGAGAUGAUCCAAGUCCAGGCAGUGUCCAUGCAGGCCCCGCAGAUUCUCACCCUCAAUCCUUUGCUGGUGAACGGAGGAAAGACGUCGGUCAUCUCCAAGACCGUGCUUCAGAUUGACGACCCAGACAACCCUCAGGACGUCCUGGUCACGGUCCUGGACCCGCCCCAACAUGGCCGUCUGACCCGUCUCCACGGCGACCGGGCACUGAGCCAAUUCAAGAUGGAGGAGUUGUCACGGGAACAGGUGCAGUACCUCCACGACGGGUCGCUGGGGAAACGGGACAGGAUACUGCUACAGGUCAACGAUGGACACAGCUACCAGAACAUUCUACUGCAGAUCAACAUCAAUCAGAAGCUUACCAAUGCUCCUCGUGUUCUGUCGAAGCCCGUCACGUGGGUGAGAGAGGGAGGCAUGGUACGGUUGGGGAAGAGGUAUCUGAGGACAGAGUAUCAGGGUGCCAGCGAUGACCAGAUCGUCUACACCAUAGUGCGCUCCAAAGGAAGCCCCAAAUAUGGUAAAGUGGUGUUGGUGCCCAUGCCAGCCGACGGCCCGGUGGAAGGCUGGCAGCCCUCGCCCGAUGACAGGAGCUCUACCCCAACCUCCUCCUUCACUCAGCAGGAUGUGAAUGAGGGCACUGUGUGGUACAAACACUUUGGCGCUGCCGGGGCCAGUGGGCCUCAAGGAGACACCUUACAGUUCCAGGUGACCAGUGAGGGUUCUCCAGACACGCUGAGUGAUGCUCAGACCUUCACCAUCGGAGUGAUGCCUGAACUCCCAGGGUUCCCCCAGCUAGCACCUGCCUGUGACCUACACAUGACUGCUCUGGAAGAUCGUGUGACCGUGCUAACACCCACAGAUUUGUCCUUUGUGGACUCUGAGACUCCCAGUGAAAAGCUGGUCUACAAAAUCACCAGGCCCCUACCUCAAGAACAAGGUUCCGUGGAACAUCGUGACAGACCCUACAACUCAGUGUCCUUCUUCACCCAAGCUGACAUCAACCAGGGCCGGAUCCUGUACCGCCCUCCGCAGGCCGCCUCUCACCUCCAGGAGCUCUACCAAUACUCCUUCACUGGUGAUAUUAAAUAGCCGUGUAUUGGUCUCCCAAAAUCGCUGAAUAUCUAUUUCACAGUGUCAGAUGGGGAACACACUACUCCAGAGAUGGGCUUUUCCAUCCACCUGUUGGCCAGCCACCAGCAGCCUCCCGUCUUCCAGAUCAUAGAGCCUGUUCUGGAGGUCAGCAUGGGGGGGAGAACCCCUAUAGGUGGGCAGCAGCUGGCAGUAACGGAUGCAGACACAGAGUCUGAUGACUUGAGGUUUGAGGUGGUGGAAGGACCGAUCCGUGGAACACUGGUCAAGAUGGAGUUAGACUCAAGGACUGAGAUGAUGGAUGGCGACAUGUUUUCCUUCAGUGAUGUGACCCACAACGUUCUGCAGUAUGAACAUUCCGGACUCUCCACUGACGAGGACGCCAUCACCUUCGCUGUUACAGACGGCUUCUCCAUGGCGACGGUGGUGGUGGAGGUGGUUGUGUUGGGCGUCGGGGGCGACGGGCCCAGGAGAGACCCAGAGGCCCUGCUGUCCAUGGAGGUUCCUGAGAACAGUAGUAGUGUCAUCAAACGCACUCACCUGGGCUAUAUGAGCGACACCUCUCCAGAUGAGAAGAUACGUAUUCAGCUGGUGUCAGUUCCUAUGUACGGCAUCUUGACCAGGACAGGGACAGACUCAGAGCACCAGGAGAUGACAGAGUACUCCUCUUUCACUGUGGACGACAUCAACAAACACAGAAUCAGGUACAUCACUUCCUUUGAGACAGGAAACCAACCAGUGACAGACAUAUUCCAUUUCAUUGUUUACGACGGUGAAAACAAUCGCCUUUACAACCAGAUGUGCACCAUCACCAUCACCUCUAAGGGGACACAGCCUCCAGUGGUCGCUGUCCGCAGUGGCAUCAAGGUCCAGAGAGGAGGACGAGUCCAGCUGUCAACCAAUCACAUCGAUGUAUCAGAUCUGGACACACCCAACAAGGAUCUGCUGGUUUGGAUGAUCAGCACGCCCAAAUAUGGCUUCAUUGAGAACACAAUAGGAAGAGUGGGCUUGAUGGGCGGUUCAAAUACCCUCAUCAUCAGUCCAGAGGUUCCCUUCUCCGUGGACGACCUGAUCACUGACCACAUCUUCUACGUUCAGAACGUCCAGAACACGGAGCACCACUAUCAGGACACCUUCUCCUUCUACAUCAGUGAUGGGUCCAGUCAGACAGAGGCCUUCAAUGUCCAAAUAGACAUACAGCAGAGUAAAGAGGAGAAGGCCCCAGUGGUGUCAGUGGACAGGGUCCGGGUGGAGGAAAACUCAGGAGUGGUCAUCACUAACUCCUCUCUCAACGUCCUGGACCAGGACACACCAGACAACGACAUCAUCAUCACCGUCGCCAAGCCACCUACCUACGGCGCAGCGUCUAAGAUCACUGAGCAGAACCUGAAGGGAUCAGAUUCCGACUCAGACAGCCUGAAGCUGAGGUACAUCCUGAUCAAAGAUCCUCCUGUAGGAAGACUACAGCUUUCUAAAGGAGGAGGACAGGACGCGGUGGCUGUUAAAGGACCUGUCAAGAGCUUCACACAGGAGGAGGUCAACAAAGGUCUGUUGGAGUACAGUCAUGAAAAGGGAGAUGAAGGAGGGAACGUCUCCUUCAAGUUCAACCUGGUGGAUCCAGAGGGCAACAAACUGAUCGACCAGUUUUUCUACAUCUCUAUACUAGAGGACCACCUGCCUCCCUCUGUGGUAGUGAAUAAGGGUCUGGUGUUGGAUGAGAACUCGGUGAAGAAGCUGACUACUCUCCAGCUGUCAGCUACAGACCAGGACAGUGAGCCUGGAGAACUGGUGUACCGCAUCACCAAGCAGACUGCACUGGGACACCUGGAGCACGCCAGAACCCCAGGAAGCCGAAUUACUUCCUUCUCCCAGGCUGACCUGGCUUCACGUAGCAUCCAGUACGUUCACACCAGCGAAGAAGAGAAGCACACAGACGAGUUCUCAUUCAUGGUAUCUGACGGGGCUAAUGAGGUUGCCCAGACGUUCUACAUCACCAUCCGGCCGGUGGAUGACUCCCUCCCCCUGCUGGUGGUUCCUGGGAUGAGGGUUCAGGAGGGGGUCAGGAAGACCAUCACUGAGUUUGAACUGAAAGCCACUGACGCUGACACAGAGGAGGAGUCCAUCACCUUCACCAUAGUCCAGGCCCCCCGUCACGGCACCAUGGAGCAGACCAACAACGGACAGCACUACCGUCAGACCAACAGCUUCACCAUGGACGACGUCUACCAGAACAGAAUCAGCUACAACCACGAUGGAUCCAACUCACUGAAGGACAGAUUCACCUUCACUGUAGCUGACGGGACUAAUGUCUUCUUUAUGGUGGAGGAGGCAGGCAAGGAGGUGUUGACUGCUGCACCCCAGAUGUUUAAGAUCGACAUUCUACCUGUUAAUGAUGGAACACCUCGUAUCGUCAUAAACCUCGGUCUGCAGUGGCUGGAGUACACAGACAACAAGGCCACCAACCUGAUCAGUAAGAAGGAGCUGUUGACCAUGGACCCAGACACAGACGAUGGUCAGCUGGUCUAUGAGGUCACAGCAGAGCCUAAACACGGCUUCCUGCAGAGCAAACUGAAACCUGGCGCUCCCAUCACCACCUUCACACAAGCUGACGUUAACCUGGGCUUGAUCCGCUACGUGCUCUUUGAAGAGAGCGUGACAGAGACCGUGGACAACUUUAAGUUCCUGGUGAAGGACGGCAACAACGUUGUCUCUGGUAACCUGUUCCAUAUCCAGUGGUCCCUCGUCAGCUUCCAGCACCGGAGCUACAAUGUGAGUGAGAAGGCUGGCACGGUGUCGGUCACAGUGAAGAGGACGGGUAACCUGAACCAGUAUGCCAUCGUGCUGUGUCGUACAGAGCACGGCACUGCCACCUCUACCUCCAGUGUGGGCUCUCUCCCCGGACAGCACGACUACGUGGAGUACGCUGGGCAGGUCCAGUUUGACGAGCGGGAGGACACCAAGGUGUGUACCGUAGAGAUCCAGGACGACAAGGUGUUUGAAGGUGUGGAGAGUUUCCAGAUGGAGCUGAGCAUGCCCGUCUACGCCCUCCUGGGUCAAGUGACCCGCGCCAGCAUCAACAUCAACGACACAGAGGACGAACCCACGCUGCAGUUUGACAAGAAGAUCUACCAUGUCAACGAGAGUACCGGGUUCAUACACGCCCCUAUAGAGAGGAAAGGUGACACCAGCAGUACGGUCUCGGCUCUCUGUCACACGGUCCCUAAGUCAGCUAAGGGAAGCGGUCCACACGGCCUGGAGUCUGGGUCUGACUAUAAGAGUCGAGGUAUGACUGACGACAGCAGGGUCAUCUUCGGCCCCGGCGUCUCCGCGUCCACCUGCGACGUCAAGCUCAUCGACGACAGCGAAUACGAACUCUCCGAGGAGUUUGAGCUCCACCUGUCGGACGCCUCGGAUAACGCCCGCUUGGGCGAUGUCGGCAUGGCGACGGUGGUUAUCCACGGGCCAAAUGAUGCUUCGACGGUAUCCCUGGGAAACGCUACGUUUACGUUCAGCGAGGACGUCGGCACCAUAGAGAUCCCAGUGAUGCGUCAGGGCAGUGACCUGUCGUCAGUGACCUCUGUGUGGUGCGCCACGCGCCCCUCUGACCCCCCCUCCGCCACCCCCGGGGUCGACUACAUCCCCUCCUCCAGGAGGGUGGAGUUCAAAGCCGGAAAGACUGUGGAGACGUGCAGUCUGACCAUCAUGGAUGACAUCCAGAACCCAGCCAUGGAGGGGGCUGAGUCCUUUGUUGUGUUCCUCUCCUCCCCUCAGGGGGCCGUCCUUCUGGAACCUUUCCAAGCCUCCGUGGUCAUCACCGACACCUUGGACCUUCCCAGCAUGCAGUUUGAGAAGACGGCUUACAAGGUGACGGAGAAGGAGGGCGUGCUGAACAUCCCCGUCGUUCGAACGGGAGACCUGACGGUCAAGUCCUCUGUCCGUUGCUUCACUCGCACCAUGUCUGCCAUGGUGAUGGACGACUUCGAGGAGAGGAGGAACGCAGACGACUCGCGUAUCUCCUUCCUCCAGGGAGAGAAGGUAAAGAACUGCACGGUGCACAUCAACGACGACUCUGUGUUCGAGCCUGAGGAGGAGUUCCAGGUGCAUCUUGGGACGCCGCUCGGGGACCAAUGGAGUGGAGCCAUGGUGGGAGUUAGUGACGUUGUCACGGUAACCAUCACUAACGACGAAGACGCCCCCACCAUAGAGUUUGAGCAGGCGUCGUACCAGGUGAGGGAGCCUCCCGGGCCAGACGGCAUCGAGGUGCUUCACAUCAAGGUGGUCAGGACAGGAGACCAGGACCGCACCUCCAAGGUCCGUUGCAGCACCCGGGACGGAUCAGCCCAGUCCGGAGUGGACUACAACCCCAAGAGCAGGGUCCUCAAAUUCACCCCUGGCAUGGACCACACCCUGUUCAAUGUGGAGAUUCUGUCCAAUGAGGACAGAGAGUGGCACGAGUCCUUCUCGUUGGUCCUCGGCCCUGACGACCCAGUGGAGGCGGUGCUUGGAGAGAUCACCACGGCAACAGUCACCAUCCUGGACCAGGAAGCUGUGGGGAGUCUCAUCCUACCGGCCACGCCCAUUGUGGUUUCUCUGUCAGACUAUGAUAACGUGGCUGAGGUGUCUAGGGAGGGCAGUAAGAAGCAGCCGUCACCUGGUUACCCCCUGGUGUGUGUAACGCCCUGUGACCCCCACUACCCCAAAUACUCUGUGAUGAGGGAGCGCUGCAACGAGGCAGGCAUCAACCAGACCUCUGUUCACUUCUCCUGGGAGGUGGCUGCCCCUACAGACACCAACGGGGCCAGGUCACCCUUCGAGACCGUCACUGAUACCACACCAUACACUGGUGUUAACCAUAUGGUCCUGGACAGUAUCUAUUUCUCUCGGCGGUUCCAUGUACGCUGUGUGGCUCAGGCCCGGGACAAGUCCGGCCAUCUUGGAACACCCCUGAGGAGUAACAUAGCAACCGUCAGCACCGAGUGUUCCAUCUGCCACACCCCCGUCACCACGGGAACCGCCAGAGGGUUCCAGGCCCAGUCGUUCAUCGCCACGCUGAAGUACCUGGACGUCAAACACAAGAGGCAUCCGAACCGUAUCCACAUCUCGGUGCAGAUCCCCCACCAGGACGGUAUGCUGCCCCUAGUGUCCAGCAUGCCCCUCCACAACCUGCACUUCCUGCUGUCAGAGUCCAUCUACAGACAACAGCACGUCUGUUCUAACCUGGUCACUCUCAAAGACCUGCAGGGUGUCUCCGAGACGGGUUUCCUGGAUGGUGUCCAGUACGACAGUAUCUCUCUGGGUCCGGGUUAUGACAGACCCUACCAGUUCAACCCCGGUGUCCGAGAUGCUCAGAGCAUCCGGCUGUAUAAACACCUCAACAUGAGGAGCUGCAUCUGGACCUUCGAUGCCUACUACGACAUGACGGAACUCAUAGACGUCUGUGGAGGCUCAGUCACUGCCGACUUCCAGGCGAGGGACUCGGCCCAGUCGUUCCUGACGGUGCAGGUUCCUCUCUACGUGUCGUAUAUCUACGUAACAGCUCCCAGGGGUUGGGCUUCUCUGGAACACCACACUGAAAUGGAGAUCUCUUUCUUCUACGACACUGUGCUCUGGAGGACAGGCAUCCAGACAGACAGCGUUCUGUCAGCCAGACUCCAGAUCAUCAGGAUCUCCAUAACAGAAGAUGGUCGUCUGGUCAUCGAGUUCAAAACACACGCCAAGUUCAGGGGCCAGUUUGUCCCAGAACACCACACCCUGCCUGGCCACAAGUCCCACCUGAUGGUCCCGGACCACCUGGGGGGGAUAGAGUUCGACAUGCAGCUCAUCUGGAGCGCCCAGUCCUUUGAUUCUCCCUACCAGCUCUGGAAAGCCACCUCCUCCUACAGCAGGAAGGACUACUCUGGUGAGUACACCGUGUUUCUGAUCCCCUGUACCGUGCAGCCCACCCAGUCCUGGACCGACCCUGGAGACAAGCCUCUGUCCUGCACAGCCCACGCCCCAGAGAAGUUCCAGUUACCUAUAGCCUUCCAGCAGACCAACCGGCCCGUCCCAGUGGUAUACUCCCUCAACACUGAUUUUCAGCUGUGCAACAAUGAGAAGGUGUUCAUGAUGGACCCGGCCAUCUCCGACAUAUCCAUGGCUGAGAUGGACUACAAGGGAGCCUUCUCUAUGGGCCAGACGCUGUACGGCAGAGUGCUGUGGAACCCAGAGCAGAACCUGAACUCAGCCUACAAGCUGCAGCUGGAGAAGGUGUACCUGUGUACAGGACGGGAUGGAUACGUGCCUUUCUUCGACCCCACAGGGACUCUGUACAACGAGGGUCCUCAGUACGGCUGCAUCCAGACCAACAAACACCUCAAACACAGGUUCCUGAUUCUGGAUCGGAAGCGGCCUGAAGUCUGUGACAGGUUCUUCCAUGAUGUUCCCUUCGAGGCCAACUUUGCGUCGGAUAUCACCGAACUACAGACCAUGACAGCCAUGCCUGGUGUUGAUGGUUUUACCAUGAAGGUUGAUGCCCUGUACAAGGUGGAGGCGGGACAUCAGUGGUACCUGCAAGUGAUCUAUGUGAUUGGUCCAGAGUCCAUCUCUGGCCCCAGGAUCCAGCGUUAUCUGACCCAUCAGCUUGCACACAGCAGCGACAUGGUGCGGGCUCGCAGGGACCUGACCAAUCAGCUGAGGCGAAGCAUUGACUACAGCCGCGCUCGCCGGGACCUGGUGGACCAAAGCGGGCAUCUCACCCUCGACGAGUCUCUGAUCUAUGAUAACGAGGGCGACCAGACGAAGAAUGGAACCAACAUGAAGAUUCUCCGACUCGAGGUCCCCGUUGCCUCCACAUUUAACCCCCAGAUGGGAGGAUCUACGCGCGGGGGCGUGGCUGCGCUGACCCUGCUGGUCCUCGUCCUGCUGGGUUCCUUUUUACUCUUCAGGAAGUGCCGACGGUCGGCUGGAAAGAAGCCGUCCAAGAUGGCGGAGGAGUACCCUCUGAACACCAAGGUAGAGGUCUAUCUAGAGAAGACCCUGGAGAAGAACUUCAGCUCUAAACACUGCACAGUCAGGAACAUCAACCUCAACAUCAACCGGAAUCACGACAACGUCAACUCUAAGGUCAACGGAGGGGCAAAGGUCAAAGGAGCGGCGAAGGUCAAGCAGGUCAACCUGGAGGUCAAGCUCCACAACAACCUCGGCAACGACGGCACUGAGGUCUGAGGAUCUCCCGCCUCCCUCCGGUGUUUCCCCUAGCUAGAUUAUUUUUCUAGACAGGGCGACAAAGGCCCCCCAAAAGUAAGACCCUGGUCCUCCUCCUCAACGUGUCAGUUUAUACCAGUAGAAGUAGCAGUUCUACACUCCACCUACUCAUAGGGGAAAGAUUGUGAAAAAUAUCCUGAAAAUAAGGAGUAUUUAAUGACAAAUCUAAAAUAAAUCUGUGUUAGAGUUCAGGAAUAAUAUAUUGUUCGCUAAUGUUUUUUUAUACGACCUUGAUGUGAGAUAAAAAAAAAAAAAUGUAACGCGUUUUUGACAGCCAGCUAUGCAGCAUUUAUUCAAAUCAUUUCACACCUGGGCUACCUCAGGAAUAGAGAAAUGAGUGAACUAUCGCAUAAAACAGGAUUCAGUUUUUCCUCAUUUAAAAAAAAAAUGAAACGUCAUCGUUGAACGACGACCAUAGACUUUGGGAUCAGUCAGGUGUUGUUUUUCCAACAACAACGCCAAACUGAUCAAUGUACGCUAGGUAGCUAACAUUGCCAAACUGAUCAAUGUACGCUAGGUAGCUAACAUCGCCAAAAUGAUCAAUGUACGCUAGGUAGCUCAGGGACUUUUUCUGCAGAUUGUCUUGAAUAGUUUGAAUAGUUCAGAUAUAUCUCUGCUUAAUAAUUUCAUUGCCACAACUGCUAUGAAAGUAUUGAACACACUAAUGCCCCCAAUCCUAACUCCACUUUCAUUCAUCAUGCCGUCAAUUCAUAGAAAGAAUGUUAGGAUUCAGGCCCACGGUGAGUUAUGAUCCGUUGUCCACAACUGAAAUAGUAGUGUGUUUAUUAUAUACACUGAGUGUAGAGAACCUUAGGGAACACCUUCCUAAUGAGUGUCACCCCCUUUUGCCCUCAGAACAGCCUCAAUAUGUUUGGGAAUGGACUCUUCAAGGUUUCAAAAGCAGUGAUUAACCACAGGGAUGGUGGACCCUGGAUGCCCUUUGAGUGGUGAACCACAGGGAUGGUGGACCACAGUGAUGGUGGACCACAGUGAUGGCGAACCACAGUGAUGGUGAACCACAGGGAUGCUGGACCACAGGGAUGAUGAACCACAGUGAUGGUGGACCACAGUGAUGGUGGACCACAGUGAUGGUGGACCACAGUGAUGGUGAACCACAGGGAUGGUGGACCACAGGGAUGGUGGACCACAGUGAUGGUGGACCACAGUGAUGGUGAACCACAGGGAUGGUGAACCACAGGGAUGGUGAACCACAGGGAUGCUGGACCACACGGAUGGUGAACCACAGGGAUGGUGGACCACAGUGAUGGUGAACCACAGUGAUGGUGGACCACAGGGAUGCUGGACCACAGGGAUGGUGAACCACAGGGAUGGUGGACCACAGUGAUGGUGAACCACAGUGAUGGUGAACCACAGUGAUGGUGGACCACAGUGAUGGUGGACCACAGUGAUGGUGAACCACAGUGAUGGUGGACCACAGUGAUGGUGAACCACAGGGAUGCCGGACCCUGGAUGUUCUUUGAGUGGUGGACCCAAAGGGUGGUGGACCAUUUCUUGAUACACACGGGAAACUGUUGAGCGUCUAAAACCCAGCAGCGUUGUAGUUCUUGACACACUCAAACCGGUGUGGCCUGGCACCUAUAUUACCAUCCCCCGUUCAAAGGCACUUAAAUAUUUUGUCUUGCCCAUUCACCCUCUGAAUAGCACACAUACACUAUCAAUGUCUCAACUGUCUCAAGACUUAAGUAUUCUCCUUUAACCUGACUCCUCCCCUUUCAUCUACACUGAUUGAAGUGGAUUUAACAAGUGACAUCAAUAAGGGAUCAUAGCUUUCACCUGGAUUCACCUGGUCAGUCUAAGUCAUGGAAAGAGCAGGUGUUCCUAAUGUUUUGUAUGCACAGUGUAUAUUCAAGUGCAAUUACUACUACAUGAACACACACUCUCUCUCUAUCUCUCUCUCUGUCUCUGUCCCUCUCUCUCUCUCUGUCUCUCUCUCUGUCUCUGUCCCUCUCUCUCUCUCUGUCUCUCUGUCUCUCUGUGUCUCUGUCUCUCUCUCUCUCUCUCUCUCUGUCUCUCUCUCUCUCUUUCUCUUCAAACCCAGUUCUCUGCCCAUGGAGCUAAGAUUCAGCCUUUCUAAUAGUCUAGUUUGUUUUCAUCUUUUAAGACAACAGCUCAAAAGCUUUUUUAUUUGUAAUUUUCUUUAUUUUCUUCAACUUUUAUUUAGAUUUCCAUUAGUGCCAUUACAUGUAGUACUGUCUCAUGCAAAUAGUCCAAUGGGUAAGAAGUACACUGUGAAUACUACUACUACCGUAGAUUAUAUAGCCUAGAUAGGUUGAUACCCAUGGAAAAAGAAUCGCCAACCAUUGUGGCAUCAUUGAAUUGAAUGGGGAGGUCUGUUCUACUCAUUCUAGUUCUGUGUUGAAGCUCCCACUCCCAUUGGAUGCUACUCUAGCCUUAUAAUGACUUCUACAGUGUAACCGAAUGGAUUUCUUGUUUUUUUUUCUUUUCUAUUUUAACAUGUUACAGAUCACUUUGGAUUAUUUUAUACAACACGUGUGUCUACGUUUUUAUUGCCUUGCCUUCAUUCUGCCAAAAGACCCAGAAUUACCUCAGUUAUAUUCUUUUAAUGUACAUACAAGUUCAAUCUCACCGCAACACUAUGGAUCCAUUCCAGAUAGCACCCUAUUCCCUAUAUAGUGCCUAACUUCUGAGCCCUAGAUAGGGAAUAGGAUGCUACACAUGUGUAGAUGCAGAAUGUUCUGCAGAAAACCAUUCUGUGCAUUGAUUUGUCAAUAGCUCUGUCUCUGUCUGUCUGUCUGUCUGUCUGACUGUCUCUCUCUCUCUCUCUCUGUCUCUCUCUCUCUCUCUCUCUGUCUCUCUUUCUCUCUCUCUCUGUCUCACUUUCUCUCUCUCUGUCUCACUUACUCUUUCUCUCUCUCUCUCUCUCUCUCUCUAUUUCUAUGUCUCUCUUUCUCUUUCUCUCUCUCUCCCUCUCUCUCUGUCUCUCUCUCUGUCUCACUUACUCUCUCUCUCUCUCUCUGUCUCUCUCUCUCUUUCUAUGUCUCUCUCUCUCUCUUUCUCCCUCUCCCUCUCUCUGUCUCUCCCUCUCCCUCUCUCUCUCUCAGUCUCUCUCUCUCUUUCUAUGUCUCUUUCUCACUCUCCCUCUCUCUGUCUCUCUGUCUCUCUCUCUCGUUCUCUGUCGUUCUCUCUCUCUCUCCCUCUCUCUCUCUGUCUCUCUCUCCCUCUCUCUCUCCCUCUAUCUCUCUCUCUCUCUCUCUCUCUCUCUCUCUCUCUCUCUCUCUCUCUCUCUCUCUCUCUCUCUCUCUCUCUCUUUCUCUCUCUCUCUCCCUCUCGCUCUGUCAUAGAACAGUAUGCCUAUCAAAAAAAACAUUUGGAAGUUGGGGAGAUGACAUUACAUUUUUGGUGCUAUCAUUUGUGGAAAUUAUUCCAAUGCUGUUAAUAUGAUGCCUGUAUUUGGUGCCUUUUUAGUGAUUAAAAACAUUGAAACAGUU